AUGACUCUUGCUCAAGGUCUUCUUGACGAAGGAAUAACUAUUUUUACUGAUAAAUAUUAUACAAGCGUCCCGCUAGCAUACAGACUACGACGCCGAAAAACCCAUCUUGUUGGUACCCUCAGAUCCAACCGAAAACAUCUACCAAAAGAUGUCAUUGCAACAAAACUGAAAAGAGGGGAAAUUAGCUGUAAGCAAACCAAAGAUGGAAUUGUAGUCCUGAAAUGGCGCGAUAAACGGGAUGUAAGAAUGCUCUCAACGAAAACAUCUGGCCUCAAGACAGUGAUCACCCAAACUAGAAAAAGGAUACCUAUAAUCAAGCCAGUAAUUAUCAACGACUACAACAGCGGCCAAACAUCGAUUGAUAUUAGUGACCAAACGGCUACAUAUGGCAGUGCUUUGAGACGUUGUACUAAAUGGUAUCGUAAGCUGUUCAUUGAGGUACUAUGGGGAACAAGCCUAGUCAAUGCCCAUUUUCUCUAUAACAAAUAUUCCAACAACAAGAAACUGACAAUCACGGAAUUUCGAGAGCAAGUUAUUACAGGAUUACUUGACAGACAUUCUCAACCUCGUGUUAUAGAAUCCGGACCAUCAACUUCGACACCAAGAAGAGCCUCAGGAAAUAUGAAGCACUAUCUUGUGAAGAAUACAGUUGGAGAAAAGACAGUUCGCGGGCGUUGUUCAGAAUGCUACAAAAAGUACGGAAGGAAAGGAAUUGAAGUAAAUGGCAAAAUACUACGAGCGUCACAAGUUAACACAAAAUGUUCUAUUUGUGAUGUAAUUAUUUGCAAAACUUGUUUCAAUAAUACCCUCUAA